AUGGAGACCUGGAAGCGUUACUAUAAUAUCGUCUACAAAAUAUCAUCGCUCACCGGUACAUGGCCGUAUUUGAAACUGAAAGCAAGGAUAUUUCGCGUUGCUGUAAUGACUAUAACUAUACUGACGGUACUCGUUCCGCAGAUCAAGAGACUCACUCAACAUUUAUUCAUUGACUGGAAGGAAUUGAAAACUCCCAAAGAAUACGAGAUUAUGAAAUUAUACGCACAGAACAGUAGACGAUUUUGUGUGGUGUAUACGGGUGAGAAGUUUGUGGAACUUAUCGAAAAUAUCUUCACUAUACCUUUCGCCGCACAAAUGAUCGUGGUAACCAUAGGAUUAAGUAUUACUUUGCUGCAAUUUACGCAGCAGAACGGCGAUAUUUUGGUGUCAAUAAGAUACGUGUUGUACUUUGUCGCUCAAUUGUUCCAUUUAUUUUGUCUCUGUUUCGAAGGACAGAAGCUAAUAGAUCACAGUAUUCAGACGUGCGAUAAGAUAUACAGCAGUACCUGGUACGAAGUAUCUAUGAGAUCGCAAAAGCUAAUCGUGAUGGUGAUGAUGAAAAAUCUACGACCGAGUUUCUUGAGCGCCGGCAAGAUCUACAUUUUCUCCCUGGAGAGCUUUACCGUGGUUCUACAAACUUCAAUGUCAUACUUUACGGUGCUUCAACAUGCAGGCAACAAUGUGUAUAUGUAUUGCCAGCAGUUUAACAGCAAGAUAGCUGCGUCAAUGUUAUCUUGUGUUAUUGGCAAUAUGAAAGCAUUGCAUGAUGCUGUAUAUUAUUAUGGCAACAUGAUAGCAGUAAUGCGAAUUUUGAUGAUGACGAUUUUAAAGUUGUCGGCAAACUGCUGGCAAGUUGCUACUCAAAGUUAUCAUAUCAUGAAGGCAUCAAGUUGCCAACAAAUGAGGACUCGGUUGCUGCAAUUCUGGUUCGCGGCGAUUCUUGAAGACCUCUUUUGCACUGCUUUCGCAAUACAUAUGCUGAUAUAUGUUGUAACAUUGAGCAUUUCUCUGCUACAGGUUGCGUUACAGUAUGGCGAUAUUAAUGAAACGUUGAAGUACCUGACAUAUAUCUUCGGUCAAAUAUUACAUACGUUCUGCUUCAGUCUGCAAGGUCAGAGACUGAUCAAUCACAGCAUGCAAUUGCACGACAAAAUAUACAAUUCCUUCUGGUAUGAAAUACCUGUGGAAUCACAAAGGCUGCUUCUGCAAGUGAUGCGAAGAAGCACGGAACCCUGUUUUUUGAGCGCCGGCAAAAUUUAUGUCUUCUCUUUAAAGAGCUUCACCACGGUAAAGAUUAUUUAGUUUACUGUUGUUUCUUGUUUCUUUGAAGUCUUUCUUAAAAAUACCCGCUCUUAUUUUCAAGGUUAUGCAGUCUUCGAUGUCAUUCAACAAACUUCGAUGUCAUACUUUACGGUGCUCCGUUUAUUGGACGCAGUAGCGUCAAAUAGCGAAGUAGCAACCAAUCAACGAGGUGACAUUUACAGUGGCGGAAAAAAUAUCGCCUUGCUGGUUGGUUGCUGCUCCGUUGCUUGA